AUGAAGACUUUGAAACGGCGUGGCAAAGUGUUAGCUUCACGGCUCCCGGAUGCUCCCGGCAAGGCUGGAGAUGCCUGCUUUGCGUUGAUCCUGCGGAUCGCCUCAAUGAGUCAGGCAGCGCGCAAAGCUGUGGACUCGUCAGGCUGCUGCCUUCGACAUCCAUGGAUCGAAGAAAAGGACAGCAACCAUGAGAAGGUGACAGGCUCGUCAGACACAGACAUCUCGCCAACUACUGCUCGGAGAAAUGGUGGCUAUGGACGAAAGAAGAUGGAGGGAUGUGACACAUUGACGCUAUUUGGGGACGAACCAAGCGUUACGUAUUGGCAUGGCCCCCUGAAGGGUGCUGUGAAACAGAUCUCUGGCUCGGUUGGAAACGCAGUCGACUGCGUGGAGAUGCAGCUCAGAACUGGAAAAAAGCACUUCUAUGGCACCCAAGGUGGCUUUCAACACAAAAGCUGGCGCUUGCACCACGACGAGGUGAUUUUGGCUGUAGCGCAAGAGGAGCGCGACUCGUUUGUCGGGAACAGUGUGGUGUUCUACACCUCAGAGUGUCAGAUUAUUGCCCUCCAAGGGCAUGAUGCGACCAACCGAACGAGGUUGAUUGCGCCCAUUGGGAGUCAAAUCUCAGGCUUGCAAUUUGAAGGAAGCCAACUCACUGGAAUUUACCUGGAGCGUGUGCCCUUUGACGGCAGUCCUAUGGCUGUGUCAUCAAUCAUUGGACACGUAGGAUCUGCUGUAGACAAGCUGGUUCUACGGCUUCGUGAUGGCUCAACGCGGCGAUAUGGAUUUGAAGGAGGCUACCAAUGCGGUCCCUACAAUUUGGACGAUGAUGAAUACAUCCUCUUGGUGGAGCAGGAUCGUCGAGAUGCAUACCUGGGAAAUUCCAUCGCCUUCGUGACUUCCAAAGGCAAAAUCUGGGAAUUCAGAGGAAUGCAGGCAUCACGAUCCCGUCGGUUUGUGGCACCUCCGGAUCGACAGAUUUGUGGUCUGUUUGGGCUUCAACGGGAGUCACUUGUCAGUGGCUGGGAUCUCAGAGUGCCUUCCUUCGCCACAGAUAAAACGAUUCGAAAGCUGGGAGGUGACGUUAUGUCCGGUAUGUGGAUGUAUUUGGAUCACUUGUGGAUGCAGCAUGAUGCAGCACAUGGCAUGAGAGUGCAAUGCAGUGCAAGAGAGUGCAAGGUGCUUCACUUCUUUGAACAAUAUUUGGAGUAUCGACAGCUCCAGAAGAAUAGAGAAUCUGCUGUGCCGGAGGAAUUUCAAGGCAUCGUAGAUGAAGCCAAGUUCCUGGAAUCUCAGGCGUACCAGAAGGACAAGCGACUCUUUGGGUUUGUCAAAGAUUGGGUGAGUUUCAUUUUUGACAAGGUGCAACUGUUUCUCAUCACACCUUGGCUUUGGCAUUAUGCAGUCAGCGUUUUUGGAGAGGAGGCAGAGUACAGCUGCACCCUCUUUUUCCUCUUCCUCCUGCAGUGGGUGGAAAAGCCAAUUAGCAUUCCGUUCUCACUCUAUUCCAAUUUUGUGGUGGAGGAGAAGCACGGCUUCAACAAGAUGACAGUAAAGCUGUUCGUCACAGAUCUCAUUAAGAGCGAGAUUUUGACGUAUGUCUUCGGUGGUUUGCUGGUGCCAAUGUUGAUUUGGAUUGUGCGCUACUUUGGGGCAGGUUUCUACUUGUACCUCUGGGGAUUUGUUCAGUGUUUGAUGAUGGCUUUUAUGUGGAUCUAUCCGAAUCUCAUCCAGCCCCUCUUCAACGAGUUCAAGACGCUGCAGGAUUUGGAGCUCAAAGAAAAGAUCGAGGCUUUGGCUGCAGAGGUGAGCUUUCCGUUGACGAAACUCUUUCAGAUCGACGGGUCCAAGAGAUCUGGGCACAGCAACGCAUACUUCUUUGGCUUUUGGAAGUACAAGAGAAUCGUGCUCUACGACACAUUGCUGCACUUGAAGCACGAUGACAUCCUAGCCAUCCUUUGUCAUGAAUUAGGUCAUUGGAAAUUUGGCCACACACUGAUGAAUCUGGUGAUUGCCUCUGCUCACACCUUCGUUCUUUUCUGGUUGUUCGACCUGGUGAUGUACUCAGAGGUGUCCAGCCAGAUGGUGAAGCAGUUUGGUUAUGGUGAGACAAAUGCUGUCAUGGUUUCCUUGAUGCUGUUCAUGCUGUUGGUGAGUCCAACCGAGCAGUUGCUUAGUCUGUUGAUGACCAUGCUUAGCCGCCGGAACGAAUUCCAAGCAGAUAGCUUCGCGGCGAAGAUGGGAAAAUCCGAUGGUUUGCAGAGUGGUUUAUUUCAGAUACACGAAGAGAACAAGGGCGAUCUGAACCCAGAUCCGCUGUAUUCCUGGUACCACUUCUCGCAUCCCCCAUUGGUCGAGCGGCUUCGUGCCCUGAAGGCCAUCGAAGCGGAAUCGGCAAAGAAGGUCUCGUAGGGAAAUGGACCCGAUGGACCCGAUGGACCAAAAGAUGCUGCCCCAAGUGGUGUCAGAAUCUGUCACAAACUUUGCCGCGGCCC